AUGCCACCAUUAGCCGGGGAGGAGCGUCUAUUGACGGUGUUUGCAGAUAUACAUUACUAUUUCACAGAGCCAACCCGGAGACCGUCGCCAUAUCACCACCGCUUUGACAAGGGCUCAUAUCUAUAUGUGUACCAUGACGCCGCUCAGAACAAAGCCCGCAUUGAGAUAGCCAAUAAUCCUGGGUCGCCAGAGCAGGAUGCAUUUUGCGGAGACUUGAAUAAUGUACACAUUCGACACUCGUCUCAAUUCCCAACACUCUGUACCCUGACCGUCGAUGCACACACGAACCCGUCUCAGCAAAACACAUAUUCAUCAGCGUCCCCUCGGCAUGAAUGGCGUCUGCCUAGUGGGGACCCGCGGGAUGAUCCAAAUGAUCUCCGAGAUUAUCCCCGUCUUCAUACACUAGAUAUCUACUUCUGGGGCCAGGAAGAUGCGACCCAAUUCUUGGACACAGCGGAAGUAGUCCUCCCCAAGACCCAAGUCGAAACAGACAGGGAGCCAGCUCUCCAACCAGAGCAACCCUUAAGUUCAGUGGUCCAACAACUUGAAAAUGUCGCCGUCUCAGACCCAGCCUACCAAAACGGUCAGACACGUAACUCUCGGUCCGACCCCCAAAUCACAGAAUCUCAGGGCAAAGGACUUUCCCAAUCAACCAACUUCCAUCCACCUCCUCCAAGUGGCCUACCAACCGAUCAGAGCCAAAGCACCGGCUACUUCCCAGUAGAGGAAAAAAAAGACCCAGCAAGCUUCGCCCCGCUGCCAUAUAACCCAGCAGCCCCAGCAGCCCCAGAACCGAUCAAGCAUCGCGAGAAGACCCCACCUCCAGAAGAUGGCAUGGACGGCACAGGCCUAGCAGCUGCCCUCGCAGCAGACAGUGGCGUUCCCUACACACCCCCACAUCAAGUAAUCGGUGGCGUAGGAGGUGUAGGAGGAUUCGCAUCACCCCCACCCUCAAACCCAACACCGGGACUAUCCUAUGUUGGUCCACCAACAACAACAUCAAUUGGAGCAUCAAGCUACGCUUCACCACCGCCCAGUGCAGGCUUACAGCACACAAGCUCGUUCUCAACUCACUCUUCCAUGCAGAGCCCUGGCCUACCUCCACCGUCAUACCCCCAGUCUUUCCUUACUGGCACGAGUAAUCAGCCGUGGAAUGGCAGUGGCAGUCCACAAAGAUCGAAUUCAUUGUCUUUUGCACCGCCACCGCAGCAGCCGGCUCAGUUUCAGGAUGUAAAAGCUAGUCCGCAGAGACAGGGCUCUAUGUCGUUUGCACCGCCGCCUCAGGACCCUAAUGCUCAUUUGUAUGACCAGCAGGUUUAUGGGUGUUCGUCCCAGCCUUCGGCUCAGUUACAACAACAGCAGUUACAGCAGCAGCAACAGGCUUCAGUGCCGGUUCCUAUGGGUGGGUUCUCGAAUUACUCGUAUGACAAGGCACCUAGUCAGCAGCAGAGACAGCCUGGUGCGUCUGAGUAUGAUAUUCAUAGUCAGGCUUAUCGGCCUACGGAGGUAGAGGCUGGGUCUCAUUAUCAAAAGUAUGCCCAGAAGGCUAUGAAGAAUCCUGGACAGAGGCCGAGGAAGUUGGAGGAUAAGGCAGAGCGGUUGGAGAGUGGUGUUAACCGGUUUUUUAAGAAGCUUGAGAAAAGGCUGUGA